ACUCAUCGGUAACAAGUAGUUCUGGUCUCCGUGUUUUUUCAACACUCCCGCUUUCUCGCUCAAAAUUAUAUUGUUAAACCACCUGAUUAUAAUUAUAUUAAAAUCACAAAUACAGAGUCGAGUUUUAUUCCCACUGUCGGGCUUUAAAAACUCAACAUCUACAACGGUGUCAACACGAGCGCGCAUGCUCAGUGGUGCCUUUGUGUGGCUGACCUGCUCGGUCUCAAACAUUGAGACGACACAGCGGUAGCUAACAGGUUAGCCGCGCUGCUAAUUAUGGUGAAUGUAAAGAAGCGGAAAGGUCGGGUCGUGAUUGACUCUGACUCAGAGGACAGCGCCAGCGACGAUAAUUUAGACCAGGUAUGUGCGCAUUUUCGCCAUUUUGUUGCGCCUCGUUGCCUACGAAGUUACAACUGAAGAGCUUAAGGUGAAGCUAAUGCAUGCUAGCUGACUGCGCUAUGUGUGUGUGAUAGGGCCUGUUUAAUUACAAUCCACUCAUUUAUUUUUAAACCCACUCGUGUCUUUAUUGUGGAAUAAACUCUAGAGGGGUACUGCCAGGUUCUUGUGGCGGCUGGAAGUGUUUUUAGAGACGGUGCAGACAGUCCUGCAGGGUUUUUUCAGCACGAGAAUACCGCGCUGUGGGUCCAAGACUGGUUCCAGGUGGUCUGCAGCUUCACCGACAGUGUUUACAGUCGGGUUAUAUGGAUGUUUGCAGUGAGAAUAAACGGGAAUUAGCGGGUGUUUACAGUGUUUUGGAGCCGGAGCAAAGCCGGGGUAAAGCCGGGUUAGAGAGCCGGGUUGAGUUGGCUCCGGAGUGACGUCAUGGGCGCAGAGCUGCGGGUUCUAUUUCGGUGUUGUUGUCAAAGUGUCCCACUGAGGAGAUCUGCAGGCCGACAGGUUAGGACUGCAGCUCGAAUAUGGUCAUUAUUCACACACAGGUGAGCACAGGUGUGGAAAAACAACCGGAGAGGAGGACAGGGCGUUUUGGCAAUAAAAAAAUGAUCCGAUAUAUUUUGUCGUAUCGGCCGAUCUCGAUUAUUAUCCCGAUAUUUUUUUAAACUGCCAGUUUAAAGCAUCUUUACUAAAAACGAAAGAAACUAGAGAUUAGUUAAACAUUUUAUUAACAUACAGAGUAAAUAAAGAAAACUGAUUAAUAUAAACUUAGAAAAAGAGAAAAACUAUCAUUAUAUGAUCGUGAUCGAUGAUCGUGAUACUUUACUUGAUCAAACAUAGCAGAAGUGUACGUCACAACAGCCAAUCAGAGUCAAGCUUUUCCUGCUCACUUCUGUAAGUUGUUGGAGAAGUAAACAGAACGACUGAACGUGGAGCUAGACGCGGUGCUAAGGCAGUGAAAUAGAUGUCAGCCGUGACUGAGUCAUCCACUGAAGAUGUUAUUGUUGGGAAGUUGUUCAACGUUGGUUGUGUGGCGGUGGUUCAGGUAUCUCCAAAGUGACGUUGAGUAAUUAAGCCGAUGUGUAAGGUAUAUUGGCGAUCGGUGCUCUUAAAAACCAACAACACAACAGAUCUAUUUAAUCAUUUGAAGAAGAUCGAUUACGAUCUUAUAAUCGCCCGGUCCGACCUGAGAGGAGCUGAAAGAAGUUUGCAGUAGAACACGGUGCAAUUCUUCCUUGGUUGCUUCAUUCGUACAUGGUUUGUUUUGUCCAUUAGAGCUUUUUCAUGCACUGCAGUUGUAAGCUGAGGUAAGGUUGGGGAAUCAGACGGUGAUUCUCAAAAUGAAACCUGAAAAAGUACCUGUGAAUACAGUUAAAAGUGCACAGGAUCAUGGUUCAGCCUGGGGCUGCGCGAUAUUGGAAAAAACUAACAUUGCGAUUUUUUUCACCAGAUGACCUAAGUAUCACUUAAUGCUGAAAUCUUGAGGACAGUUAACCUGCACUGAUCUGACCUCUGUUAGUGAAUGUUAGUAGAAUGGCUUCUGUCUGUCUCAGCGAUAUUUUCAGCUUUUAUUGUUCUGGGACGUUAUUGUGACAACAGAUGAACACAGAACAGGUGUUUUGGUCGACAUCAUCCUUCUUGUAACCAAAGUGAUUCCAGAUAACUGACUUUCCUUUUCUUUUUGUCAACAAGUCUUCAUCUUCGGUGGUUUUCUCUUGUUCGUUACUCAUUUUGCAAUCGUUGUGCCGAGAAACGCAUGUCCAUCCAGAAUUGCAUCCACCUCGCAAAACACGCACUGUUUAUAUUAGAGUGGUCCACGGAAAUGUACAAUUAAAAACCCAUAAAAUUCAUAUAGUGAUGAGGAAUGUCCUGAAAACGAUUCCGGCAGCAACAGCGAAUCACUCCAUGUGCAGGGGCGUGGUUUCCUCCUCUCUGAUUUUGAUUGACGGCUGGCAGGGUAGUCUGAUUGGCAACUGAGUAAAGAACGAAUGUGAUUGGUGCAUCACUGCACAGCACAAGUAGAGUCUACAUGCAGUGUAUGUCAGUCAGUUACCCUUGAAAUUAAGUGAGUUCAUUCACUACCGACAUCGCAGGCUCUGCGAUAUGACUGUUGCGCACACAUACAUCGCAAUGACGAUGCUCAAACGAUAUACUGUGCAGCCCUAGUUCAGCCGGUUUAUUUUACUGCGGUUAUGCACCAACACCAGCUGCUGAGCCGCAGUUUUGCCAUAAAGCUCCUUACACCUGAGGCGCCUGAGCAGGAAGGUCCAAAAACAGGCAAUGAAACAAUUAAAAAAGCAACAAAACAGCGAUCAGAGGACCAAAACAAUCUAAACUUCACAAACAGUAUAUCCCAUAAAAACAAAACAUUUAAUAUGACAAGUAAUUCAACUAACAGCUCUGUUUAAAAAUAACAAUUAUCUCAGAAUGUCUGUUUUAUUCUGUUUUUCCAUGAAAUAAUGAAGACACAUGAAUUUAAUAAAACAGGUCAACCCCUCUACUUAGACCUGCAAUCAGCCAACUUUUAUUCGCACCAAAAUCGAAGGUUCUCUGGACUCGUAUGAGUGAAUGAAAUACCUUUUGUAUUAUUGGGACUCCUGCUGUGUCUUAGUGAUGGUUUGUCCUUUGACCGGCUAUCAUCAAUUGCAUGUCAUAUCAGGAAUUGGACAACAGCCUCUGAUAAAUAACAUUAUAUUAGUCUAACAUCAUAUGCAGACUGUGCAGGUGUCACAGUGUUUUCUGAGCGAGCUCAUAGUGACCAGAAAAAUGCCGCAUUUAUCAUGUUUUUAAUUGUUUUGCUCAUUGGACUCUGAAGUCUGUGUCCAGCUCCCUCUCACUCACACACUUGAACUAAUAUCUGAUUAUUAAAAGAAUACAAAUGUCUCUAAAAAGGGUUAAAUUUGUAGAGCAAAAGCAGGUCUAUACUGUCCUCUUUCAUACCAAGACUUUCAAAACCUGAAACCCCAGAGAGAAAAAUCUGAUAUUUACAUUCACCGUCAACUUUCUGUGCUCACUCAGACUGUCUGCUUCAGACUUUGUGAGUUUUAAACGUCAUUUGACUCUUCUGCACAAACUGGCGGCAUUGUCAUCUCCUUACACAGGUGACGCUAUUAAAAUGAACUUUAACAAAGACCUUUACAAAGUCACGCUGAUUUUUAUCUCUCUCACCUAAUUCAUGUUGGUUUCCACGGCAGGUAGCAUUACGAACUGAACAUGCAGUUAAACAAGUUUUCUAUCGGUCUUAAAGCUCCUGUGAGGAGUUUUUACCUGGUUAUGAAUCCUUGUUAUGAAUAUGGACUUAGAGGUUCAGGAUUUUGUUAUUUGUCCCACUUUGGUCUCUUAGUAAAAUCAUGGCCGGAGGUUUUCAGGCCUAAAAUCAAAGCUCUGCGUAAACACGGUUGAGAGAAAUUACAGCUCACACCCUCCGACAGAGCGUGUUUAAAUUAUCUGUUGUGGUCGGCUUCUGCCCUCUUUGCCCACUCGUUAUUUUACCUGUGGGGAAACUGACCGCUGCGAAACAAAAAUAGACAUCUGCUCUGAACCGCAGAGUGAUCUUCCACACCCCUGACCUGCUGGAUCGUCUCUGUUUGGAGGUUUUACAACACUGACUGAGUCCUGAAAUAAAUUAUUCGCUCUAAAUAUUGACCUGAUGUAUUUGUGAAGUGUCCUAAACAAACGUUUACAGUAAUUCUGGACUGAUAACUGACUGAUUGAUUGUGGCGUAAAGGUAUAGUUCGCUCUUUAUGGCGUCUCUCCAGUCGAAGCUCUUUUUUACUGACUCCUCCAUGUGCCGAGGAAAUAAUCUGCCCGUAAAGAAACAACUUUGUCUUAAUCAGCUCGUUUCAUUCUUGUUUCCAGGAGCUUUUGUCUUUGGCGAAGAGGAAGAGAGUCGAUUCAGGGGAGCAGGACGAGCCCGUCAGCAAACCCGCAGCUUCGACAGACUCUGAGACCUCCGAUAGCGACGAUGAGGUAGGACUGAUUCUCUCUUUACUAAAAACCCAAAACUGAUUUGUGAGUGGUCGUAACCAAAGCUGCACUUGUCCCCCUCCUUGUUUAGUGGACUGUGGGUGGAACCAAAGGAAAAAAGAAGGUCAAACCCGGGAAAGGGUCUGAGAAGAAGAACGCCACGAAGAAGAAAGUCAAUAAAGCGACGGCGUCUGGCAGCUCAGAUGGAGACAGCUCAGCGGAGAGCUCUGCACCAGAGGAGGGUACGUGUUGAUAUGAAAAAUAUGGUGCAUAACAAUCCAUAAGAAGCCACAGUUACUAGUAUGAUGGUGAGGGUAAAACCAGGGAGUGUGGAAGUGGAGAGACGUUCAAGAACAGUUUAGUGUCGUGAAAUUAGUGCGACCUCCUGGAAAUGACGAGCAGGAAUCGAACACGGUCGCAGUUUCAUGUCCUCGGGUGUUGCAGGCGGCUGGGAUUAGAUGACUGAUGGACUUAUCCUCUUCAUCCAAUUUAUACCUCACAGUUUAGUGUUCAGAGGGUCAACAUAGUCAUGGAAAACCUGGAAAAGACGGUGGAAAGUUCUUGGAAACGUGGUCAAAAUCCAGGUAUAGUGAUCGCUCUGAUUGGAUAAAGAAGACAACAUGAAAAAAAACAAAACAGCCAAUUUUCCCCCUCAUGAUCAAUACCUACGCUCAUGUCUUGUAGUGUCGUCUCUGUGUAGGGAUGUCCUGAUACAGUCCGAUAUCAACCAAAAAACAAAUAUUGGAUUAUAUCGGCCUGCAUUUAAAAUUUCCGAUAUCAGCACUGCGAUACAAGCGGUCUAUUACAGAGUCCACUUCGGCACCUUUAGCUCGUAGCACCCGGAUCGCAGUAUUUUUUGUCCGAAAAAGACGUUGCAGCUGAGUGCAAAACCUGUCAUGGGCAAGUUUGUGCCAACAUCGGAUCAAUAUCGGUAUUGGCCGAUACUGAAGGCUACAAUAUCGGCAUAGUAUUGGAGAUAAAAUCUCCGUCUCUGUGUUGAUGAAUAAAUUGUUUCGGUUCCAGGCGAGGUGUCCGACUCCGAGAGCAACAGCUCGUCUUCCAGCUCCGACUCGGACUCCUCCGAGGACGACGUGUUCAGGGACGGCUACGACGACGACCUGAUGGGAGACGCCGAGGACAGAGCUCGGCUGGAGCAGAUGACGGAGAAGGAGAGGGAGCAGGAGCUGUUCAACAGAAUCGAGAAAAGAGAAGUGCUGAAGAGACGGUGAGUGUGACCUACAGUCGUACAGCGCAUCACAGUAUAUUUGGUGUCCGACUGCGAUCAGCUGUAUGAACGAGACCAGUCAGAGACACCUGAGAGUAUUUUCUAGUUUCUUUUGUUUUCACUUUCAAACAACAGGACGGCCCCCAGUCUUGAGAAAUGAAGCAGAAGUGCUAAAAAAAACUGCAGUUCCUAGAAUGUCUGCAAAAGCACCAGAAACAAAAAAAAAACAGAAACUUACUUACAGCCGAAUUCAAAAUCUGUUUAAAUCUGAAUACGGUAUUUUUCUAUAUGCACACACUCUAUGCAGAAACAUCGAUUUUUAGGAUAUAAUUAAAGAAACAGUCGACUUAUCCGACAGGCAGACGCACAUUUCUCAACAUCGUGCUGUUUUUGUGUCGGCAGUUUUGAAAUUAAGAAGAAACUGAAGACGGCAAAGAAGAAGGAGAAAGAAGAGAAGAAGAAGAAGCAGGAGGAGGAGCAAGAGAAGAGGAAGCUAUCCCAGGUUCAAGACACACAAGUGGUGAGUUCAAGGACAGUUUUAACCCCGGACAGCAGACUCCUGAUUAAUUUUUAUUCAUCCUCGUUUGACUGAAAUCUCCUCCCCUCUUCUAGGUCAUGUCUCACAACAAAGAGAGGCGGUCCAAACGGGAUGAAAAACUCGACAAAAAGUCUCAGGCCAUGGAGGAGCUGAAAGCCGAACGUGAGAAGAAGAAGAACAAAACAGGUCGGUGUGAUUUUAACCUCUUUGUCCUGUGGCGCUGUUCUGUCUUCGCCUCCCAACGCUGAUGUUGACUUUCUCUGACGAGCAGCUGAACUUCUGGCAAAACGGCAGCCCCUCAAGACGAGCGAGGUGUACUCUGAUGACGAAGAGGAGGAGGAGGAGGACGAUGACAAGUCAUCGGUUAAAAGCGAUCGGAGUUCACGUUCGUCGUCCUAUGAUGAUGAUGAGUAUGUUUCAGUUCCGCUGUCUAUAAAUCUGACCAGCACAGUCUCCUCUCGCCGCGCUGACGUUUUCUUUCUUCUGUGAACAGAAAAGAAGAAACUCCGCCCAAGUCUCAGCCGGUGUCGCUGCCAGAUGAGCUCAACAGGAUCCGUCUGUCCAGACACAAGCUGGAGCGCUGGUGCCACAUGCCCUUCUUCGCCAAGACGGUGACGGGCUGCUUCGUGAGGAUAGGGAUUGGGAACAACAGCAGUAAACCAGUUUACAGGGUGAGACUGUCAGGAGUCUGGACCCGGAGAAAACCUCUUUGGUGCUGGUUACAUCGAUGAUAUGAUUCUGAUCCUCCUGUUUUUUUGUUUUGAAGGUUGCUGAAAUCGUGGACGUGGUUGAGACGGCGAAAGUUUACCAGCUCGGGUCGACGCGAACAAACAAGGGAUUACAAUUAAGGUCGGUGCUGACUCACAGGAAGUGGAUGAUUUUACCCGUUUAGUCAUCUGGACCCUCUCUGACAUCGUUCCUGUUCCUCUGUUUCCUCUGCAGGCACGGCGGCGACACACGGGUGUUCAGGCUGGAGUUCGUGUCUAAUCAGGAGUUUACAGAAAACGAGUUCAUGAAGUGGAAAGAAGCGGUGAGUUUUCAGUCGAUCGUUUCUGUCGGCUGAACUGAAUCAGACUAGGAUGUAAACACCAUCAGACCGUAAAAAAGGUCGUCUUUAUCUGUGUCCACUGGAGGAUUUGUUUCUGAGUGUCUCAGAAAUGAAGUCCUGAAUAAAACAAACUACAUUAGACAGUAAAACGCUGAAAUGAUGAAUAUUCUUCCCUUCCUAAAUGUUCCUAUGAAGUUUUACAGACAUCAUAAACAGUUUCUCCUUUCUGACUGUUUACUCUUAUUUAAUAAACACAAUUUAUUCUAACAUAAUCUUAGUCAUUUACACAGUGAAAAUAAUGUAAUCAGUUUAAGCAAAUAGUCUCAUAUGUUCUUCUUUCAUGUCCUGAACAGUUAACUUACUGUCUGUAUCAAGCUGGAUAAAAGCCGCUUAGCUUAAUGCUAACUUAUAUGGGAAUUUACAUUGAAGUGCUAGCAAAGUUAGCAUCCGCGUUGCGAGUAUUUUUAAAACAAACAAUUAAAUCCAAAUAUAUUGCAUACAACGCUUGUCAUAGGGUGACCUGUGGCGGAGUCACCUUUUUUGCACUUCUAACUCAGUAAGUCCACGAACUCAAAACUUCCACACUAAACCCCGGACAUUUGAAGGAUUUUAUAAACUCCCCCGGACAUGGCCAGACAGCCCCAAAAAAACAGGACAUGUCUGGGUAGCGAUAUUUUUGGUCACCCUAGCCUAUCAGAGCACAUGCUUUUUUUUACCACCUCCAAUAAAUGAGAUAAACUGUGAGAUAUCAUAUAAACUGCUGCUGUGUUGAAUUUAUCUGGUCCAAAACUUUGCAGUUUUUCUGCCCCUUCCUUCGACUCCUCACUGAGCUACGGUAGCCUAGAAUGGUCAAAAUAUACAAACUUAAAAUCAAACUUAGGAAAAAAGAGUGUAUGACUCUUAGGAGAGAAGAUGCAAACAGGCUAAAUUGAUGUCCUUGAUCAGUUAUGGUUACCUUCAAGGGUUGGAGUGCAGAUAUUUGAUCGAUAUACUGCGAACUCAGUGAAGUAAGAUGUUUCACGCUCUUCUUAUCUUUCUUCAGAUGAUGGACGCUGGGAUGCAGGUACCGACUCUCGAUGAAAUCACCAAAAAAGAGCAGUCCAUCAAAGAAGCUAUGAACUACAAGUUCAACGACAAAGACAUCGAGGAUGUGAGUCUGUUUAUUCUGGAUCUCUCUGUGUGUUUGAGACCAGAUUUCUCUGAGCGGCUCUAAUCUUGUUUCUGUCGCUGCAGAUCGUUAAAGAAAAGGACCGAUUCCGAAAAGCACCGCCAAACUACGCCAUGAAGAAAACGCAGCUACUCAAAGAUAAGGUGAGACGGUGUUUCUGAUGAUCGUUGCAGCUGAUUCAGUGUGACGUGUCAAACCUAAACAUGAGAAAUCCUCCGAUCCAACCUGCAUCUGUUUGGACUGAAACCUUUUUUUUUGGUUCAUGUUUGAUUGAAGGCCAUGGCGGAGGAGAGUGGAGAUGGAGAAAAGGUGAAGGUGAUCCAGGAUGAGCUGAACGAGCUGGAGGAAAGGGCAGAGGCGCUGGACAGACAGAGGACGAAGAACAUCUCCGCAAUCAGGUCUGAGCGUCACACUUAUAAAAAAACACCUUUAAACCACUCAGGAGACACACCGCGGAAAUAAAACCGACUUAUUUAUAUGAUAAACUUUUAUUUUAACUCUUUGAAAUCUUUAUUUUUCUCUCGCUCAGUUACAUCAAUCAGAGAAACCGGAGCUGGAACAUCGUCGAAUCAGAGAAAGCUCUCGUGGUAAGUGUGUAAAAAUGUUGUGUGGAUUACUUGAUUCUCGUGGGUCAGAACCUGGUUUUUAAAGCUCCUGUGAGGGACUUUCAGUUUGUGUCCGUUUUGGCGCCCCCCUCUGGACGAAUCAGUCUUUGCUCAUCUUGGUCUUUAUUCGCAGGCUGAAGGACAAAACUCCAAAAACCAACAAAUGGAUCCUUUCACACGGAGACAGUGCAAACCCACCAUGGUGUCUAACGUAAGAUCAGCAUCACGAUCGUUUUUCAUCAGUAUUCUCCGACUGUUUCCGAUGAAUCUGAUUAUUUUUUUACUAAUUAAUAAAACUGUUUAUUUAAUGAUCUGCAGGCCAGAGACCCAUCAGUCCACGCAGCUAUCCUGGCUCACCUGAACCAGAAGUACGGCUCUGGGUCAACGCCAGAUCCUUCAAGCGCCGAUAAGAACAAACUGGUAAGGAGAGUUUGGAGAGGAAAUCUGCGGUGUUUCCUUCUUUCACUUCAGUCGGCUAAUUUUACUGAUUUUGGUGCCCUCUGAAGACCCAGCAGUACUUUCUGUCUUUGCUGAUCUUGUUCUGUAUGUUUUUAAAUAGUUUUUUCUGACUUUUGUGCCCCUCAAACUCAUCGGUGUGAUUUCUUAUCUCUGUUUUUUCUUUGUCACCAACUCCUGGACGUGGCCUCUGUGUGUUUAUCAGGGCAGAGAAAUGUUGAUAUGGACCAAAACAAACCCAUAAAUAAAAAAAUAUAUAAUUUUAAAGUGUCUUUUUUUGAUCAUUUACUGUUUCUAUAUCUGUUUGAAUCACCUUAAAGGAGCUUUAGCUGAAAACUGAUGAGAUUAUCACCUCGAUUAAAAUCAAUCAACAAAUUUCUGCUGCAGAAAAUGUUCUUUUAUUGAAUUUUAAUCAUGUGUUUUUUUCUGUAUUUUUUCAUUUCUAGGGUCAACCAAACAUAAAAGACAAAGAUGUCCCCAAGCCAACCACAGACCUCUCAGAGGACCUGUUUAAAGUUCAUGAUUUUGAUGUUAAGAUUGACCUUCAGGUCCCCAACGCAGGUGAGACUCUCCUCCUAAUGUGCCGUUCUGCUCUCUCAGUCCGGGUUUAUUUAACGCAGCAGGAAUAUAAAAGUGGGUUUCACCUCAGAAUCGAUCCACUCACUCUUUAUUCUCUCUCUGCAGAAGCAAAGUCUCUGUCAGUGAGCUCCAACGCACUGCCGGUGAAAGACGGCGCCCCCCGCAGGUCCCUCAACCUGGAGGACUACAAGAAGAGGAGGGGGCUGAUCUGACGUGGCCAGUCCGUCAUCCAGAAACAACACUGCAUGUGUAACCGGCUGUGUGAGACAGAGAGAGUGAGCGUGUGUGUGUGUUUGAGAGAGCGGGUGAGUGUGUGUGUGUGUGUGUGUGUGUGACUGACUCCCAGAGGACGUGUGUCUGAAUGUUCAUACAACAGACUGUUUAUUCGAACACAGAGGAAAUACUGAUCGAGCAAAGAUUUUUCAUAAAGGAUCUCUCUGAAGAAAAUUGUCCAGAUUUUUGUCCUCCUUUUUUUUUUUUCAUCAUACACACAACCUCUAAUGUCGGGUUGUGUUUUAUUUUUAUGUAUUUAACUUCUUUACCCGCAAUUUUUGAUCUUCUGGACUCCACUCCUCUUUUGUCUUUUAUUUUCCUGAAAGGACAUGGCGUUUGUGGAUUAUUACCUUGAACAAGGACACUAUCUUAGAAGACUUAGAUUGUUGAGGCAUUUUGAAAAUACUGGACUGGAGAUCUGACGGAGAUUACCAGCUUCUUCUUACAUAAAUGUUGUAAAUUUUGCCCCCCUAAAAUCCGCCCAGUCUGCGGUCCUCCCUGAAUUUUAACAGCAUUUUAUUUUCUGGCAAAGUUGAGAUCACCACCGUCUUGGAUUUGUUCUUCGUGACGCCAGCCCUCCAUGACAAGUGUGAAAAGUUCGGCCCAUGCAGCACAGACGGACAUUUGUCACUUUUUAAGUCUUUGAAACAAAUGAAUUUAAAAGGAACCUUUUCUAUGGCUGGCCUGGUUAUACAAGUGAUGCUUCAUUUCUGUUUUCUCUUGGUUGGUUGUUAACGGGAAAACUUUCUUCUACCCUCGACUUCCAGAUCAGAUUCUUCGUGUUAUCGAUUGUGUCCAUAGUCAGUUCCUGUAUUGAUGUGGCAUGCCAUGUAAAUAUGCAUUUUGGAGUGAGUGCGGAAAAAAUAAAGAGGCACUGUUUCAUAGCUUCUGU